AUGUCUGAACCCAAUAUGGCACACCAUCACCACCACCACCACCACCACCACGAAGAGGCUUCUCUUGUUUCGGAACUUGUUUCAUCAUCAACUCCACAACCAUUUGUGGAUGAUAUUGAUGAUGUCUUUGAUAAAAUCAUUCAUUUGGAACAAAACUUUUAUGAGAACGGAAAAGAAUUAGGAAUGCAGCAUGCUGCGCUUGUCGGAAAAGAAGAAGGUUUUAAUUUCGGAGUUGCCUAUGGAAGAAAAGUGGGAAAGGAGAUUGGAGAAGUAAUUGGAUUGUGUAUUUUCUUGAAAAAUUAUUUAAAGAAUGAUCAUGAAGAACGAGUGAUAUCGGCUACAAAAGAGAAAAUUAUUUCCACAAUUUUACAAAUUGAGAAUAUGGUGAAGGACUUCCCGUGGGAUAAUCCUGCUACUAAUUCUCUGAAUUUAGAAGAAUUUGUUGAAACUUUGAGAAAUAAGAAGAAACUUUUAGAAAUUAGGUCUAAACAAAUUCUUGGAAAGGUGAAUAAUGUACAAAAACAAGAUUAUUCAUUCUAA